AUGGUGUCGGCUGCGGCUUCCCCGCAGCAGGACACGUGCGCGGUUGGCGGCCCCCGCAGCAGGACGCGCGCGCCGGCGGCCCCAGCAGCGAGACCUGUCCGCGGACUCAGACGCACGAGGGGACUUCACGGCUGCCGGCUGAGGGAGGGAGCAACGCCGGCCAUCAUUGCCAAGGGACCACCAAAGAAGAAGAGAAGUACCACCAAAUCAUCAACCGAGGAAAGUAUAGUACCUUUUAAUGAUGAAGCACCAUCAUCGUCUAUGACUUUCCCACCAAGCCACAGUGUAGAACUUACAAAUAAGAAAAGUAGAAAAGGUACAUCAGAUUCUGGAGGCUCAAUCAGGUUCAAGUCAGCAGGUAGUACAAACCAACCUGAGCCCAUUAGCAUUGAGUUUCCCAUGUCUAGGGGCUCAAAUCCACUUGUUGCAACCAAAGCAAAAGGGAAGAAGCUAGGUAAAUAGGAUAAAGAGAAGGGAGGGAAAGGUCCUAAAGCCCAAAAUUAAGAAGCAAACCAAGGAGAAGGGAAAGAAGAAUGACGUGUCAUUUGAGAGCCCUGCAAUGCACACAAGAAGCAAAAGAGUUGAUCCUUACAGCCCUGCAAUGAGCACAAGAAGCAAAAGAAGGCUCAACUUGUGAUUUACCAUGUUCUGGACUGGUUGUGCUUAUGUCUUAACUCAUUUUGUGGACGAUGUGACCAUGCAUGUCAUGCAAUCCAAGUGAUGCGUCUGAACCUACUAUAUGUGAACUCGCAUGUUUGAAAUGUACUGUUGAAUUUAUUAGAGAUCUUAA